AUGCCACACUCUGGGAAUCUCAUCUCCAUCUUCACUCGAGAGCAGUCCUUUCUCUGCGCAGCUGGAGAGACCGGUGAGCGGAGCUGGGGCCAGAUUCUUCAGUCAGCCUGGGGAGGGGCUCUCAGGUGCUUCUGGGUAUGGGUCGAGCCAGCCUACGCAGGGGUGCGUAUGUACCACCCGGCACUUUCGGCCCCUACCCCUCUCCGUCUCAUCAGUGUGUUAAGUGCAAUGACCUACUUAAGACUAAACCCAUUCCACCUACAGCAGUUCGGGGCCUACCCAAGCACUGCCUCCCUGCCGCUCUGUCCAAGUUGCCUGGACUAUAGGCCCAACUGGAGAGGGAAGGCCGCGGGUUGA